AUGUGUCUCCUUUCCUCCCUCUUCUCCCCUUCUUCCGUCUCUGCCUCCCUUGUUUCUGUCUCUCCGUUCCUCCGUAGUCUCUUGCCGCAGUCUUUCGUCUGUCUCCUCUCUUACCCCGCUCUGGACCUCAUCCACUCCGUCUCUGCUUCUGAACUGGACACCGCUCUGGUCUCCGUCCCGACAUCGAAGGCUGUGUCCUUCACAGAGUUUGACAUCCAGCAGCCGCCGUCCGACAACUCCUGGCUCUGCCGCUUCUCCUUCUGGGAUGGACCCUGCGUCGAUCGACAACACAACGGCAUAGGUCCCUGGCGCUUCUGUCCCAGUGGGAGUUGCUGCAGCAAGGUCAAGUGCGCGUACGGUUCCUGUGGAGGUUCCUGGUGUGCGGCCUGGAACAGCGGGCUCUGUGUGUUCCAUAACGGGGACUACGAGAGCGACAGGUGCACAUGCGAGAAGUACGGCGGGCAGUGCUCGAAGAACGGCAGCUGCAAGCGUUUGGACACUCCGGAGGGAGGCGCCUUCUGCUACUGCAAUCCGGGGUACGUUGGUGACGGUCGCACAUGCGAGAGCGACCCUUGCUACGGGUCUCCUUGCGCCCCAGGGACCUGUUCGCGCAUGGGCAACUCCUACGUUUGUGGCUGUCCACCAGGCUACACGCAAGAUACGUCGCGCGGUCACGCCCGGUGCGUUGAGAAGGCCGACAGCUGCCGCGCGCAGCCGUGUGGGUCCGACACCGUUGCGUACGACUGCGUCAGCUUCGACUCCGGCGCCUAUGAAUGCAUCUGCAAGGACGGAUAUGCGUCGAACGGGACCAAGUGCGAAAAGCAGGACUGGUGCAAGGACAACCCAUGUGGAGACGCGAACGCGGUGUAUGACUGCAUCUCACACGAGACGGGAUACACGUGUCAGUGCCAAAAGGGAUACAUCCAGGUGGUGACGGACGAGGGCCAGCAGAAAUGCGCCAAAAAUCCGUGCUCGUACGACCCCUGCGGCACCUCAGACCUGGUGAAGGAGUGCAUCAACAAAAGCGACGGAACGUACGGCUGCGUCUGUGCAGACAUCGCGGAGAUCACCACACACGAGGAAAGCAACCAAAUCACGUGCGCUCGGAAGGAUCCCUGCUUGGGGAAUCCUUGCGGCGCCGCGGAGGCCGUCCAGCAGUGCUUCGUCGACGGACCAACGUACGGAUGUGUCUGUGCGUCGGGGUACACGGUGGUGCCUGACGCAACUGGAGCGAAAAAGUGCGUUUUCGGGGAUCCGUGCCAGCUGGGAAGUUGCGGGCCGGACGAGGCAGUCGACAGUUGCUCAACGAAUGGCCAGGCGUACACAUGUCAGUGCACGCCAGAGGCGAUUCUGUCGACGAGUGCGAACGGCAUCCAGAGCUGCGUGAUGCGCGACGAGUGCGAAGAGAACUGCGGGGCGACGGAAGGCGUCACGCGCUGUGAAAAGAUAUCGGAAAACAAGUGGGAUUGCCUGUGCAAGGCGGGGUACAUGCUCAAGUACGUGAAGGGGAAGAAAAUGUGUCACAAAGCAGAUGCCUGUUCGGUGAAUCCGUGUGGAACGGCGCAAGCCGUCGCGGAUUGCCAGGUGGACGUCGGCGGCGACGGCUACACCUGCGUCUGCAACUCGGGCUACGAACUGCGGACUCAGUCUGACAACACACAGCUCUGUGCGCCGCCCAACAGCUGCAUUGGUGACCCCUGCGGCAAGGCCGAAGCGGUGUCGAUGUGCCUUCCAACCAAAGACGGGUACACAUGCAAAUGCAACGCAAACUACACUCUCCAGACAAUGUACGGGAAACCCCGGUGCGUCCCCGGUCCGUCCAGCUACGACAGCGAUGAGGAGGAAACGAGCUCUUCGAGCAGCACGACCUCGGAAGAGGAAGGGACGUCCACCGUCAUGAUUGCCGGCUGCGUUGUCGGCGGCGUCGUGCUCUUGGGCGCUGUUGCCUACAUGGGCCGAAGGGGAAACGACGAGGAGGAAGACGAACAGCCGCGACCGCCUGCGGGCGGACCGCAGGGACCUUACAUGGGCCAGCAAGGGUACGGCCAGGGACAAAACUUGAUGCCUCCAGGCAUGGAUCCGGCCAUGGGUCGCAACAGCAUGAUGGCUCGACAGCAGUAUGCCAUGGACACUCGCAACUCGUUCUGGGGUUAA